AUGGAGGCAUCCCGUGGCCCUCCCCGGGUCAAGAACAAGGCCGCCGCGCCGAUCCAGAUCUCUGCGGAGCAGUUGCUUCGCGAGGCUGUGGACCGGCAGGAGCCUGGCCUGGAAGCACCGACACAGCGCUUUGCCGACCUUGAAGAACUUCACGAGUACCAGGGUCGGAAGAGAAAGGACUUUGAGGACUAUGUGCGGCGUAACCGUAUUAACAUGAACAACUGGAUGCGCUAUGCCGCCUGGGAACUCGAACAGAAGGAAUUCCGUCGGGCACGCUCAAUCUUCGAGCGCGCGCUGGACGUCGACUCGACCUCCGUGGUACUAUGGAUCCGUUACAUCGAAGCCGAGAUGAAGACCCGAAACAUCAACCACGCCCGAAAUCUUCUCGACCGUGCCGUGACCAUCUUGCCCCGUAUCGACAAGCUGUGGUACAAGUAUGUCUACAUGGAGGAGACCCUGGGCAACAUUCCUGGUACCCGCCAGGUCUUUGAGAGGUGGAUGUCGUGGGAGCCGGAUGAGGGCGCCUGGAGCGCAUACAUCAAGCUGGAAAAGCGGUACGGUGAAUUCGAACGAGCGCGCGGCGUCUUCCAGCGCUUCACUGUUGUUCAUCCCGAACCGCGAAACUGGAUUAAAUGGGCUCGUUUUGAGGAAGAGUAUGGAACUAGUGAUUUGGUUCGUGAGGUUUAUGGCUUGGCAAUUGAGACGCUCGGCGAGGAUUUCAUGGACGAGAAGCUCUUUAGCGCAUAUGCCAAAUUCGAGGCCAAGCUAAAGGAGUAUGAGCGUGCACGCGCUAUCUACAAGUACGCCUUAGACCGACUCCCCCGGUCCAAGUCUAUGGCCCUUCACAAGGCCUACACAACCUUCGAGAAGCAAUAUGGUGAUCGCGAGGGCGUGGAAGAUGUGAUUCUUUCAAAGCGCAGGGUGCAGUAUGAGGAGCAGCUUAAGGAGAACCCUCGCAACUAUGAUAUCUGGUUCGACUUUGCACGCCUGGAGGAGACCUCGGGUGACCCGGAGCGGGUGCGGGACAUCUAUGAACGGGCCAUUGCACAGAUUCCUCCCUCACAAGAGAAGAGGCACUGGCGCCGUUAUAUCUACCUCUGGAUCUUCUACGCUGUUUGGGAAGAAAUGGAGGCGAAAGAAGUGGACCGCGCCCGGCAAAUUUAUCAGGAAUGUCUCCGGUUGAUUCCACACAAAAAGUUCACUUUUGCCAAGAUUUGGCUCAUGAAGGCGCAGUUUGAGAUCCGACAGAUGGAGUUACAAGCUGCACGGAAAACACUAGGCCAAGCCAUUGGUAUGUGUCCGAAGGACAAGUUGUUCCGUGGUUAUAUCAACCUUGAACGCCAAUUGUUCGAGUUCGUGCGGUGCCGGACCUUGUACGAGAAGCAAAUCGAAUGGAACUCUUCCAACAGUCAGUCCUGGAUGCAGUUCGCAGAAUUGGAACGAGGUCUGGAUGAUUUGGAGCGGGCAAGGGCUAUCUACGAGCUAGGCAUCGAUCAGCCUACCCUCGAUAUGCCCGAGCUUGUGUGGAAGGCCUAUAUCGACUUUGAAGAAUACGAAGGCGAGUAUGACCGAGUCCGCCACUUGUACGAGCGUCUGCUCCAGAAGACCGAUCACGUCAAAGUCUGGAUCAACUACGCCCGGUUCGAGGUCAACGUGCCGGAGGACGAAGAGGAAGAAGAGGAGGAGGAGGAGGAGGAAAAGCCGAUCAGCGAAGAAGCGAAGACGCGGGCUCGUGCAGUCUUCACCCGGGCACACAAGGUAUUCAAGGACAAGGAGCUCAAGGAAGAGCGCGUGGAACUUCUCAAUGCUUGGCGUUCAUUCGAAAACACACACGGAUCGCCCGAGGAUAUCGAGAAGAUCGAAAAACAGAUGCCCAGACGUGUCAAGAAGCGCCGCAAGUUGGAGGACGACCGAUACGAGGAGUACAUGGACUAUGUAUUCCCCGCAGACGACCAAUCCGCUGCCAACCUUUCCCGCCUGCUCCAAAAGGCACACCAAUGGAAGCAAGCACAGUCGUGA